GCGCUUUGGUGCAGUGCACCCGAGAUUGAGAUUUCAUUCAUGAAAAUGGUAUAAAGGAAGCUCCAAAUUGCUGUCCAUGUGAAUAUUUUUCGUUAAGAUAUAAAUAUUAAAAUAUAAGUUAAACUUUCCUUGAACCUGAAAUGUGUCUCUGAAUGAGUUUACGUGGAAAUUCAGUGUUCACCUGUCAACCAGCCACGAUCCGGGACUAGGAAGCAGCCACCGCCGUAUUUAUUAUCAUCUCUCGGGGAUGUCCUGCAAGUCCCACCUUAGACCUGACAGUAAUCGACGGCAGCACCUUCAUUGCUUCGCAGAUUGAAAGUGGAUUUAAACGCCUGGAGGAUGAACGACAGUGAAAACCCGAUAUUUGUAGGAGUGACUCCAGAUGACUUACUCACAACAUUUGUUGUUUUGGCUGUGGCAAAUACAAGCAAAUCCAGAAAUGUGAGCAUCUCCCUGGAGCUGUCUGUCAAAAACUCAAGUACAGAAGAGCAGAGGAUUUUCUUGGAGACUCCAGCAGCACAGGCAAUCUCUGGGAUAUUUGUUUGGGCAGCACUGAUUGUGACAUUUCACCAGAUUUACCAGCAUCUCCGACACUACAGCUCACCCAAUGAGCAGCGCUAUAUUCUCCGAAUCCUUUUCAUCGUUCCCAUCUACGCCUUUGACUCCUGGCUAAGCCUGCUUUUGAUCAGUAAUAAUCAGUACUACGUUUACUUUGACUCUGUGCGAGAUUGUUAUGAAGCCUUUGUGAUUUACAACUUCCUCAGCCUCUGCUAUGAGUACCUGGGCGGAGAAAGUGCAAUAAUGUCAGAAAUUAGAGGGAAACCGAUUAAGUCUAGUUGUAUGUACGGAACAUGCUGUUUGAUGGGUAUGACCUACUCCAUUGGAUUUUUACGGUUUUGUAAACAGGCCACCUUACAGUUCUGUGUGAUUAAACCCCUAAUGGCAGCCAUCACCAUUAUCCUGCAAGUGUAUGGCAAAUAUCACGAUGGAGACUUCGAUGUGAGAAGUGGAUACCUAUAUAUCACCAUUAUUUAUAAUAUCUCUGUGAGUCUUGCACUCUACGCAUUGUUCCUCUUCUACUUUGCCACCAGUGAACUUCUCAAUGCAUUUGAUCCUAUUCUGAAAUUCCUGACGGUGAAAUCUGUUAUUUUCCUCUCCUUUUGGCAAGGAAUGCUACUGGCAAUCUUGGAGAAAUGUGGAGUGAUCCCAGAAGUCCAAAUUAUUGAUGGCCAUGAAGUCAGGGCAGGGACAGUGGCUGCAGGCUACCAGAAUUUCAUCAUCUGCAUCGAGAUGUUCUUCGCUGCCAUUGCCCUUCGCUAUGCCUAUCCUUCCCAGGUGUACAGUGAAAAGCGUGAGACCACACAAGGUAACACAGCUCCCAUGCAAAGCAUAUCCAGCGGCCUGAAGGAGACCAUGAACCCCAAUGACAUCGUGCAAGAUGCGAUCCACAACUUCUCCCCAGCCUAUCAGCAGUAUGCACAGCAAUCGACCAAAGACGAAAUGACACCUAGGCACAACGGUCAUACUUUGCCCCACACAUGCACCCACAUUACAGGCCGCCGAAAGACCGGUGAGAAGAUUAUCCUCAUCAGCUCUGAGGAUGAGCUGUAGACUUGAGUACCUGUUUUGUUUUAAAAACAGAAGUGAGAUGCUGUGGGGUAGUGUGGGAUUCUCACGCAUCCUUUCAGGGAUCAGGAAUUGCUCCCGUUCCCCUGAAUCAGGCUGUGACCUUUUGAUUUUUUUUUAAUGAGUUGCUUUGACUUGAAAUGGAUUCCUAAUUCUGAAAGUAGAACAGUGUGUGGAGGAAGAUCAAAUGACAAAGCCAUGGAAUUUUACUGUGAGUAAACCCAAAGCACCUGCAGGCAUACAUUGUUACACACACAUUCACAAUAUAUGAGUAUACUCUCGCUUGCACGCACAUUAUCUCUCGUGUGUGCUUGCGCCCUUUUGUGCAUGUUCACCCACUUGUGCGUGCACUCUCUGGUGCUUACUCUCUUGCGCAUGCAUGCUGUACAUAUCAUACAUACACAGAUACAGACAGAAACAUUGGUUUAGUUCUGUAGAUUGGAUGGAUAAUACAUCAAUGAACAAAGAAUUUCCCACACUUGAUGAAAUGUAUCAGCCAGUGUUUCAGUUUCCUGAGAUUUUCGAUAUACUCUGUAAAAUUACUGCGAAGGAUAGACCUAUUUCCCACAACUAAAACUUCUAUAUACCUGGUGUGUUUAAUGCUAGGUCUAUGCAAUAGAUCAAAUUUGUUGCGCCCAAGCGUCGGUUGUUACACAAGCCUUUCCAGAAUUGGCUCUUUUCUCUCAAUAUCAUCCCACGGUCAUUCCCCAACUAUCGACAUUCUGGGAGUCAUCAUUGAUCAGAAACUUAGCUGGAUCUGCCCCAUAAAUACUGUGGUUACAAGAGCAGGUCAAAGGCUAAGAAUUUUGUGGCAAGUCUUGCCACCUGACUCCCCAAAAGCUGUCCACCAAGGCACAAGUCAAGAGUCUGUUGAAAUACUUUCUUGCCUGGAUGUGCGAAGCUGUAACAACGCUUGUGCAUGAUGCCAUAUGGGACAAAAGCUGCCCACUUGAUUGGCACCCAUGUGCCACCUUAAACAUUCACUCCCUUCACUACUGGCAUAUUGUGCCAGCUAUGUAAAAUCUGCAAGGUACACUACAGCAACUCACUAAGGCUCCUUUGCCAGCACUUUCCAAACCAGCAAUUUUUACCACCUAGAAGAACAAGGGCAGUAGAUACAUGGGAACCCCACCACCUGCAUGUUCUCUUCCAAGUCGUGCACAAUCCAGGCUAGGAACAAUAUUGCGGGGUUAAAAUCCUGGAACACUCAUACUAACAGCACUGAGGGAGUAUCUUCAUCAAACAGACUGCAGCGGUUCAAAAAAGCAGCUCACCACCAUCUCUUGUGCAGUUAGGAUGGGCAAUAAAUGCUCACCUUGCCUGUGCAACUAAUAUCUCGUGAGUAAAUAAAAAGUUGUUUUGGUUAAAGAAGAGAAAAAUACAAUUUAUAAUGAUGGCAUUCCCAUCUCACUGUACCCACAGACUGCAUUAUGGGCUAAUUGCACCCAUGACUCCUUCCUCCUACUGUAUGACUGGUACAGAAGGCAAGAAGCUGAAAUGCCUUAAAAAAAAAAUUAAACUGAAAUGGGAGAUUGUAUGGUACUGGAUGAUGCAAUGGGUUAGACACCUCUGGGGAUGCACGUUCAAAUGAGCUCAGUUUAAUGGAUGGAAGACUCCACUGUGUACUCUUUCACGAAUGGACAAUGACCUCAGCAAACAGGUACCCUGAUUUUGACUACCUAAGAUCAACAGUUGAGGGAGAUUUUGCAGUUGAAGAAUGCUGUUCAGUGGUUAUAUGCUCUUACUAUGCUGUACAGCUGACACGGAGUGUUUGAUGCUGAUUGGAGAGGGUCCAGAAUGGUAAAUGUUUCUCCCGCCCCAGACUCCGAAUUCAAAAAUUUAAAUAAAGGCAAAUGCUGUAAAACAGAUGACAAAUCACUAAUUACACCCUCACGGAGUAAAAUGUCUCUGUGCCAACAAUUCCUUUCAUUUCAAGAAGUGACUAUUUGUUAUAGGAAAUGGCUGAUAGGUACACAAUUAUAGAGCCAGAUUCAGGAUCCCUAAGCAGUUUACAUUGUGUUUACUUUGCUGAGUACAACGAGGAAGUAGGGUAUCAUAGCUCAAGUUGUUUAAAGGAUUGUAGUAGUUACAAUUUAGAUGACCACAAAUGCAUUAAAUGUUUGUGGGGAUUAAAUAUUUGUGGGGAAGUGGAGGAACAAUGAAUUUGUGUACUGAGCCUCACCUCCUACAGUAAGUUUGAGUGUUUUAAGACUAUCUUUGUUAUGAAGCAACUGGACUCUAUCUGAAAUUGUUUUUGCUUAUUUCUUAACCCGGUUUUAGGACUAUUUGCUGCUGUUUUGAUACUUGUAUUAUUUCAAUAGAUAGCAGGGUUAUUGCAAGAGUGCAGUGAAGUUAGGAUUACCCUAACGAGUUCACUAACACUAUUCUCUACAGAUUUUACUAUUCCUUAUUGAGGUAGCUAUUUGCAAAAAUAUAGCUUAUAAAUUAGCAUACACAACAUAAAAUCCAGUUACACCAGCAACUCAGUACUUCCCUCCCAAUAGCUAAUCCCCUCCAAGAUGUCUGAGGGUUCUCUGUUUUUCCCUGAACGGUGGCCCAAACCAUUUCCAUCAACAAGCACCCUCCUCACCCUGGCUGAACUUAUUCUCUCAUUUCUCCUUUAACUCCUCUCACUUCUUCCAAAUAAAAGGUGUUGCUGUGGGUACCUGUGUAGGUCCUAGCUAUACCUGCCCUUUUUGUAGUAAUUGUCAAAUGUUUCUUGUUCCAGUUCUAUACGAGAACGCUCCCUCAACUCUUUCUGGUACAUUUAAGAUCAUAUUGAUACCGUGAGCUGCUCUUGCCCUGACCUGGAAAACUUCAACUUUGUUUCCAAUUUCCACCCUUCUCUGUUUCAUUGGGUCCAUCUCUGACUCUCCCCUUUCCUUCCUUGACUUCUGUCUUCAUUUCUGGCAAUAGGUUAUCAACUAAUAUUCAUUAUAAGCCCAAUGAUUCCCACAGCUACCUCACUACACUUCCUCACACCCUACACUCUGUAAGGAUUCCAUUCCAUUCAUCCAGUUCCUCGAUGUUGCAUUGGUUCUGAUGAUGCAACCUUCCACAACAGUGCUUCUGAGAUGUCAUCCUUUUACUCAACCGAGUAUUCCUCCUCAUGGCCUUCGAUCACAUCAGCCACAUUUCCUGCACAACCCCUCCUCCAGACCCUUGCCCUCACCUUCCACCCCAACCCACAAUGGAUCACUUUCCCCUACCUCCAGCAUGAUGCCAUUACGAAUCACAUCUUCCCCGUCCCUUUCUGCAUUAUGAAAAGACUGUUCCCUUCGUGAUAGCCUGGUCCACUCCUCAGUCACCCCCAACACCCUGGCCCCUUCCUAAAGCACCUUUCCACGCAAACACAGCAGAUGUAACACCAGCCCUUUUACCUCCUGUCUCCUCACUGUCCAAGAUUCCAAACACUCCUUCUAUGGACUUCUUUCAAUCUAGUCUACUGUAUUCGCUGCUCACAAUGUGGUCUCCUCUACAUUGGGAAGACCAAAUGCAGAUUGGGUGAAUGCUUUGCAGAACACCUCUUUCCAGUCUGCAAGCAUGACCCUGUCAUUUUAAUUCUCCAUCUUGUUCUCACACUGACAUCUCUGUCCUCUGCCAACUGCACUGUUCCAGCGAAGCACAACAUAAGCUUGAGGAACAGCACCUCAUCUUUCAAUAGGCACUUUACAGCCUUCCGAACUUACCGUUGAGCUCAACAAUUUGGACCAUAAUUACUGCACCAAGUUGUUUCCUUUGCUAGUUUGUUUUUUAUUUUUGUGCACCCUCUCUAGGCACAUCUUUUGUUUCUUUUCUUACCUUAUCUCCAUUUCCAUUGACCCUGGAGGACUAACUUUUCUGUCAUUCAACCUUUGUCCUUGUUCCACCCAACCCUUGCUCAAAAUCUAUUACAUUUCCAACUGUCCUGGUGAAAGGUCACAGACCAAAAACAUUAACUGUUUCUCUCUCUCCACAGAUGCUGCCUGACCUGAGUAUUUCCAGCGCUUUCUGUUUUUAUUUAUUAAAUUGCUCAUUUGUGUCAGGAGGGUGGGAGGCAGUUCAGAAAAUUUUUCCAAAUUUCUGGUCAGGAAUUGCUGAGUGGAAGUAAUAUGCUGUAUUUCAGGAGUGAAAAUCACCCCUAUGAUGCUCUGCCUCCUCUGCAGAAAUACCUUCUCAUUACAACCAACUGUUGUGUGGUAUAGAUGACAGCCAUGGUUCAAUGGGUAGAACUCUCUCCUUUGAGUCCAAAGGUUAUAGGUUCAAGCUCCAGUCCAGGGAAUUAAGCACGUAAACUAGGCUAAUACUCCAGUUACAGUACUUGGGAAGUGCUGCAUUGUCUGAGGUAUUGUCUUUGGAGAGAUGUUGAAUAGAAGCCCCAGCUGCCCCCUCAGAUGGAUGGAUGCUAAAUACCCCAUGGCACUAUUCACUAUUUCAAACAGCAGGGGAGUUCUUCCUACUGGCCAGGCCAAUAUUCAUCCCUCAACCAGCAUCACAAUAACAUUAUCUGGUUGUCACAUUGCUGUAUGUGGGAUCUU